GGCGCGCUUCCCGUUUCCCUCGUGCCCGCAAGGUAUCUCCUUUAUCCCUGGAAUGAUGAUGCUCCCUCUGGCAGUGAAUCACUUUACACUCCUCCACUUCCUGGCAUGGCUGGUAGCACCCAGCUGGGCACAACGCCCUCACAUUCAGCUGCGACUUGUGGGGCCCAGAAGCCAAGCUGGCGAAGGGCGGCUAGAAGUACUGUACAACGGGAAGUGGGGGACAGUCUGCGAUGAUGACUUCAACAUCCAUGUGGCCGGCGUGGCCUGCAGGGAGCUGGGCUAUGAUGGGGCCGAGAACUGGUCUCACAGCGCCAAGUAUGGACCAGGAGAUGGUCCCAUCUGGCUGGACAACAUGCGCUGCUCUGGCACCGAGAGCUCCCUGGCUGAAUGUGAAUCCAAUGGUUGGGGUGUGAGUGACUGCAACCACAAUGAGGACAUCGGUGUGGUGUGCACAGGUCUGCGCAGGCCCAGUCUUGCCACUCCACAGCUUCCAGGCCAGGGAUCCAAACUGGAAGAGGUACAGAUUAAGCCAAUCUCGGCCAGGGCCAAAAUAAGUUCCCCCAUCACAGAAGGAGCUGUGGAAGUGAAGGUCCAGGGACGCUGGCGUCAGGUGUGUGAUGCUGGCUGGACUCGUAACAACACUCGAGUGCUGUGUGGAAUGCUGGGCUUCCCCCGUGAAGGGCGGGUGGCCACUGGAUUCUACAGGAAACUCUGGAACCAGAAGCUGAAGGAUCCAAGGUCCAGCUUAAAGUCCCUGAGCAAGAACAACACAUUCUGGAUCCAUCAGAUCAACUGUGAGGGCACUGAGGCCCACCUGGGUGAAUGCAAGCUUCAGGUGGCCCCGAAGGGACGCAAUCGCUCGGCCUGCCCCCAUGGCAUGCAUGCCCUGGUCAACUGUAUAGCAGGCCCCGAGUUCCAGCCCAGCAAAGUCAAGCUGCCUGGCUCAGCCAAGCCUAGGCCUAAGGAGAAGCCUCAGGUACGGCUCCGUGCAGGUGCACACCUAGGUGAGGGGCGUGUGGAAGUGCUGAUGGGGGGCCAGUGGGGCACUGUGUGUGAUGAAGGCUGGGACCUGACUGCGGCCAGUGUGGUGUGUCGGCAGCUGGGAUAUGGGACAGCACAAGAAGCCCUUUCAGGGGCCCAGCUGGGCCAAGGUCUGGGUCCCAUCCACUUGACAAGAGUGCGCUGCAGGGGCUAUGAGCGCUCUCUGGCAGAAUGCAGCUCCCAAGAAGCCAAACAGACUGGGUGCCGGCAUGAAAUGGAUGCUGCUGUCCGUUGUAAUGUGCCUCAGACAGAUGCCCACAAGCAGGUACGUCUGGCCGGUGGACGCAGUCCAGAGGAAGGUGUGGUCGAAGUACUGAUGCCCAGGGGAAAUGCCCUGCGCUGGGGUGCCGUGUGUGGGGAACACUGGGGACUCACGGAGGCCAUGGUCGUGUGCCGGCAACUGGGGCUGGGCUUUGCUAGCCAUGCUCUCCAGGAGACGUGGUACUGGCAAGGCAGCUCAGAUGCGACUGAGGUGGUGCUGAGUGGCGUGCGGUGUAAAGGCACAGAACGUUCCAUCCAGCAGUGCCAGCACCAUGGGCCUGCGCACUGCCCGAGAGGAGGGGGCCGUUUCGCAGCAGGAGUCACCUGCACUAGGAGUGCCCCAGAUCUGGUGAUGAAUGCCCAACUCGUACAGGAGACAGCUUAUCUAGAGGACCGCCCAUUGCACAUGCUGUACUGCGCCCAUGAGGAAGGGUGCCUUUCCGCCUCUGCUAAUCACAUGAAUUGGCCCAAUGGUUAUCGGCGACUGCUGCGCUUCUCCUCACAGAUACACAACUUGGGCCGGGCUGACUUCCUGCCAAAAACUGGCCGCCAUGCAUGGAUCUGGCACCAGUGCCAUAGACAUUACCAUAGCAUUGAGGUGUUCACGAACUAUGACUUACUGACCCUCAAUGGUUCCAAGGUGGCUGAAGGACACAAGGCCAGCUUCUGCUUGGAGGACACCAACUGUCCAGAUGGAUUGCAGCGUCGUUUUGCCUGUGCCAAUUUUGGAGAGCAGGGUGUCAGUGUGGGCUGCUGGGACACCUACAGACAUGACAUUGACUGCCAAUGGGUGGACAUCACUGAUGUGCCACCUGGGAGUUAUAUAUUCCAGGUGGUUGUGAAUCCUAAGCAUGAGGUAGCCGAGUCAGAUUUCUCCAACAACUCUCUUCGCUGCCAGUGUCAAUAUGAUGGACACCGCCUCUGGCUGCAUGGCUGCCGCACAGGUGAUGAAUAUGGCGUCAUCGCGGCCUGGGAUGAGGAGGCACAGCAGAGACUGGCCAGCAACUUGGUUUGAGGCAAACUUUCCACAAGGAAUUUGGAUUCUCACAUUUUCCUGGGCCAAGAUUUGCUUCAUGCUCAGAGCAAAACAACAAGGGCUGUGGCAGAGCUACAGCUGACUCUGGGUGGCAAAAAGAACUACAGUCUGCUGAAAGGUUAUCUCUGCCAGUCCCCCUUCAGUCUGCUU